AUGUCCGACUUGAUCCCCGGAACCACCGGUCAAUCACACACCAAUGGUUCAGGGGAAACUGUUGUCGACCCUUUGCAUGCGGAGGAAAUUAACAACGGAAAUGACCAUGAUUCCGCGCUUGGGAUUGCCGAUGAUGCCUUGACAUCAGAGUCUGUUCACUCAAGUGUAUACAAUUACCAUAUGGAGAACGGGCGGAGAUAUCAUGCUCUCAGUAAAGGAAAAUAUGUAUUACCCAAUGACGAGGAAGAAAAACAGAGGCUCGAUAUACAGAACCAUCAAUUUUCCAUAACUUUUGACGGCCGUUCAUGCUUUUCUCCAGGGGCAAAAAGUGCAAGGCGUGUCUUGGACGUUGGCACAGGCACAGGAGUCUGGGCAAUUGAUUUCGCCGACGAGCAUCCUCACGCAACAGUAAUUGGAGUUGACCUUAGUCCUAUCCAACCAGAAUUUGUUCCUGUCAAUUGCCGCUUUGAAGUCGAUGACAUAGAGAAUGAUUGGACUUGGACAGAACCCUUUGAUUUCAUUUUUUCCCGGAUGAUGGUUGGUAGCUUUGCCAACUGGGACAAUUUUAUGAACGAGGCGUCAUUUCAUUUGAAACCGGGUGGUUGGCUUGAAGUGAUUGACAACACCGUCCCCUGCAAGUCUGACGACGGUAGCCUCACGGAAGGACACGCUCUUCAUCAAUGGAUGUCCUUGAUGCGAAAGGCCAGCGAAAACCUGGGUCGGUCUAUUGCAGCUUCUAACUAUCACAAGCAGCGGUUCGUCAACGCCGGGUUUAAAAAUGUAACCCAAAGGACCUACAAGUGGCCAACAAAUCCCUGGCCAAAGGACGCAAAGAACAAAGAAUUGGGUCUUUGGACGCUCGCAAACAUCGAGAACAACCUUGAGGGGAUUAGCAUGGCCUUGAUGACCAGAGGUCUUGGAUGGACCAAAGAGGAGCUAUUGCCUUUUCUCGCUGCAGUCCGCAAUGAGAUGAGAGACCCUCGCAUUCACGCUUACUGGACCAUUCUCGUCACAUAUGGGCAAAAGCCCUGA